CGCAGGGCGCCGUGCUCCUGCCGGGCAGCAGCCACCAUCGAGGCGCUCCCCGCCCGCAGCGGCACCGCCCCCCGCGCCUGCGCACGGCCCGGAUCCGGGGUUAGGGGCUGGGGAAGCUGCGUCGCCCUCGGAGCCUCCGGCCCUGUCAGUCCUCGGUGCCUGGCGCAGCCCGGCCCGGCCCGCCGAGCAGAAAUGGGAAAAUCUCUUUCUCAUCUACCAAUACAUACGUGUAAGGAAGAUGGCUAUGAUGGAGGUACAGUGUCGGAUAAUAUGAGGAAUGGGUUAGUUCACUCAGAAUCACACGGUGAGGAUGGCAGAUGUGGGGAUGUGUCACAGUUUCCAUACGUGGAAUUCACAGGAAGGGAUAGUGUCACUUGUCCUACCUGCCAGGGAACGGGAAGAAUUCCACGAGGGCAGGAAAACCAGCUGGUAGCAUUAAUUCCAUACAGUGAUCAGAGACUAAGGCCAAGAAGAACAAAGCUCUACGUGACUGCUUCUGUAAUUGUAUGUCUCCUACUUUCUGGACUGGCUGUAUUUUUCUUAUUUCCUCGUUCAGUUGAUGUUGAAUACAUUGGUGUGAAGUCAGUUUAUGUCAACUAUGAACAGAGCAGACGUAUAAUAUAUUUAAAUAUUACGAACACGCUAAAUAUAACAAACAACAACUAUUAUUCUGUUGAAGUAGCAAACAUCACAGCCCAAGUUCAGUUUUCAAAAACAGUUAUUGGCAAAGCACGGCUAAACAACAUCACCAACAUUGGUCCUUUGGAUAUGAAACAGAUUGACUAUAUGGUGCCCACAGUCAUACAAGAUGAAAUGAGCUACAUGUUUGACUUCUGUACUUUAGCAUCAAUCAAAGUGCAUAACAUAGUAGUGAUGAUGCAGGUGACGGUGACAACCUCUUACUUUGGCCACUCUGAGCAAAUAUCCAGAGAAAAAUACCAGUAUGUGGACUGUGGAGGAAACACAACCUACCAGCUGGGCCAGUCAGAAUAUUUAAAUGUACUUCAGCCUCCUCAGUAAAAGCACCUGUUGGUUAGUGUGGAAUGACUGCUCUUGAUGCUUGCAGAAAUCCUUUGAAUAGGACUGGUACUUUGUAAAGGAGAGAAUAUGUGCGUGUUAUGCAAAGGAAACAUGGUGGCCUGUUCACUUUAAUUGCAAGGAGGGAAAAGUUUCAAAAUGUAUAUAGAUGCACUUGUUAAAUGUUGUGUUUUUCCCCUUCUGUUUGCUUUCUGUUACUGUAAACACUUCUGUCAAGUUGUGUGGUUGGAGGGAGAGGGGGAAUUACAGAUUCUUGAACUGAAUUGGGACCUUGCUUUUACAGUGUGGUAUAUCAAUUUAGAGUAACUGUGUGUAUUUGUCUGUUUAGGUGAAAUGUGUCACUAAUGAGCAUUUUAGAAGAAUUGAUACUCAUAACUUCUAAGUUUAUAUUUUCAGUUCUUGAUAUUUGACUCUUGAAACUUGCAGUAUAACUACUUAAGAUUGCUUUGAGGGACCUCAGUGUAAAACUAAUAUUAGUAAACCAGUGGCAAUAUUUCUUUGGUUGGAAUUCUACUUUCUGCUAUAUUUGAUCAGAAGUGAUAUGCAGUCUGUGAAAGCCAGGGAAGCUCUCAUGGAGGUCGCUAUACUUGAAUGUGCAACUUUUAGAAUCUGGCAUCCUCUUGUUCAUAUUGUCCCCUGCCAUCUCUUGGAUGUUAUAAGGAGAAUGUAUGUUGCUAGGUUUAAAAAAAGAAAUUCUCCCAGCCAAAUCAUUGCUGACAAAGGAAAAAUUCAAGACUGGAAAGUGAAGGAGUUGAGACUUUGACAAUGUCAUUCCGUUCUUUUGUUUUUCAAUUAAACUUUUGAGUAAAACUAUUAAAAUCAGAAUUGUGUAGUUAGGAACUAAGUGGAAACCUGUUUGAGCAUGGGUUUGGGCAGCUGGAUGUAAAUCUUUAGCAUUUCUAUUGCUGUGAUAUACUUUGUAUCUAAGCUCCUUGUCAGUGCUAAUACUUUGGGGUGUGUGUAUUUAGUGCAGAGGCUCUGAAAGCAAUGCAUUAGUUACUUGAAUCUCCUGAGUGCUCAUAGUUCGCAUCAGCUGUGGGGUUAGGAUAAAGCAACUCCUUCUGAAAGAAUAAAUGUUAACUUAGAACAAAACUAAUACAAAAUAGUUUAAUCGGUUUCAUUUGCACAAUGAGAAUUUCUGGGGUUUCUAUCAAACACAGUAAUUGUAAGUUUCAGGUUCCAAGUUGCUUGACUUCUAAAAACUGACUGUUCUAAGGGCAAGGUGCAAAACUCUUUAGUUAACUAGAUUGGGAUUGUUUUAAUUCUGAAUUAAGUGAAGCUUCAAGAAAGUUCUAUUGAGACACUGUAAUGAAUACUAAAUUUUUGAAAUGCUGUAGUUUUUAUGCUGCCCACCUCCUGGAAAUAAGCUAUAUAAAAUGAUUUAGCAAUAAACACUAUGUAAAAAAGCUGCAGAGUAACUUCUUGCAACUGAUGAUCCUUUAUGCUGCAGUAGUUUGGUGAAGUUGUGUCUAUUGUUCUUCAUCGCUGUUCUUCAGGUGGACCUAAAGGUGGUGGUGGGGAAACAUAUCAGUUAGGCAAGUCUGAUUUUUUUUUUUGUUUGUUUGUUU